ACUCAUAUUUCUCUCUUUUGGUCGUAAAAUUAUUAAUAUUAUACUCCAUUCGUUCUUAAAAAAUGUAUGUUUUGAAAAAAAAAAUUGUUCCAAAAAGAUAUAUUUUUUACUUUUUCAAUGUAUGAUUUUAUGAAAAAUUGUAAGUUUCAAAAAAAUUAGUGGUGUCUAUUGUAAUAUAUUACUUGUCUUUUUGUAGUAAUAAUAUAUAUAGGGAAAUGUAACUGAGGCCUGUUUUCAUGUAAAUAACUAAAUGCCAAUGGUUUUCUGUCCAUUACAAUAUUUUUGGUACAUAAUAGAUUGGUAUUAGAAAAUAUAUUGAAUUAACAUUUUCCAAACGUUUUUUAUAUUUUUGUUCCAAACUGACUCGAUUCUACUUCUUCUGACAAUCUCCCAAAGAAAAAGCAAAGCAUAUUUAGUUUGGUGAAUAAGUGAAUAUUGACAAAUACCAAACUCUUGGAUCUUUAUCCCUCUUCCUCCAUUCUUGAUUUUUGAUUACUUAAAACUCUUAACCAUGAAUUACAUGCGACUAUCUUCCUCCUGUUCCGUGUUCAUUUAUCCUGCUAAUAUAAUUACUAUGGUUGCAUUUCUUAUCAUCCUUUCAACAGGGUCAGGAGCUGACGCGAGCAUUGGUGUAAACUACGGCACACUCGCGAACAACCUCCCUCCGCCGCGUCAAGUGGCGGAGUUCCUCCUCCAUUCCACCGUCAUCAACCGCAUCCGCCUCUUCAACGCCGAUCCACAAAUUCUCCAAGCCUUCGCUCACACCGGUGUUGCCGUCACCGUCACCAUCUCCAACGACCAAAUCCCACACCUCACAAAUCUCUCCUUCGCCCAACGAUGGAUCUCCGACCACAUCCAACCUCACUUCCCCUCCACCAACAUCAUCCGCAUCCUCGUCGGAAACGAAGUCAUCUCCACCGCCAACCACCUCCUCAUCAGAAACCUUGUCCCGGCGAUGCAAUCACUCCACACCGCCCUCGUCUCCGCCUCCCUCCACCGUCGUAUCCAAAUCUCCACGCCGCACUCCCUAGGAAUCCUCUCUCACACCACACCUCCGUCUUCCGCUAGGUUCCGACAAGGCUACGACACUCAUGUCCUAAAGCCUCUCCUCAGCUUCCUCCGUACUAUUGCCUCACCCUUCGUCGUGAAUCCUUACCCGUUCUUCGGGUACUCACCCGAGACUCUCGACUUCGCUCUGUUUAGAACUAACCCAGGCUUGUUCGAUCAAGACACGAAGCUUCAUUACACGAACAUGUUCGACGCUCAGCUUGACUCCGUCUACUCCGCCAUGGAACGACUUGGCUUCUCCGACGUCGCCAUCGUCGUGGGAGAAAUCGGAUGGCCGUCUAAGGGAGAUAAAGAUCAGAUCGGCGUAGACGUCGCCACCGCGGCGGAGUUUAACAGGAAAGUGAUGGACCGUGUAAACUCCGGUACUGGAACGCCGCUGAUGCCUAACCGGACUUUCGAGACGUACAUUUUCGCGCUAUUCAAUGAAAAUCUCAAACCGGGACCGGUUAGCGAGCGUAAUUUCGGUCUUUUCCGGUCCGAUUUAAUACCGGUUUACGACAUUGGAAUCCUCCGGCCGACGGUUAGAGCAUCGGAUCCACCGGAGAAUAACCGGCGAUCACCGGUCGGAGGAUCUUCGGGGAAGCGGUGGUGCGUUACAAAGUCCGGCGCAGAGACGGAGGCUUUACAGAGGAACAUAGAUUACGUAUGUGGAUUGGGCUUAGACUGUGAGCCCAUUAUAGAAGGUGGGCCUUGUUUUCUCCCCAACACAGUGGAAGCCCAUUCAGCGUACGCCAUGAACUUGUUCUACCAGACAAUGGGGAGACACGAGUUCGACUGCGAUUUCGAUAAGACUGGAGAGAUAACUUCAAUUGAUCCCAGCUAUGGAGAUUGUCAAUAUCAGGCUGAAUUUGUAUGAAAAUACACAAUGCAAUUUGCAGAAAUAUUCGAGUUAUGGUUCAAAUCAUAAAAAUACCAAGUACUAUUAGAAUAAUCACACUUAACAAAAUUCAGCUAUCGUUUCUAGCACCAUACAUUUGAGUCACAUUUUCAGUUAUUAUUGUAAACAAUAAUUUAAAAAGAUUUGUCUCCCAAGUUGAUGCAGAAAGAAAUAUCAUAAUUAUUUAGUUUAUUAUUUAUUUAGGUAUUUAUCUUAAUAAUAGGAUUUAUCUUUAGGAUUUUAAUAAUAUUAAAGUUAUUUAGUUUUUAUAUAAAUAUGUUUCUUAUGCUUAGAUUUGUAUUCAGUUUAUGAUAUGAUUUAUAAAAGUUAAAAAAAAAUUCUUUAUUCUUUGUUUUCGGCUAGAACAUAUGUGUUCUCAACUAAUUUAAGAAGAUAAUGAUAUUAUGUAUUCUUAAACUAAAUAAGAUCGUAGCUAUAUUAAUAAAAAAACUUUUUAGAAUGUAUUAAUAAAAAGUAAAAAUAAAGGAAAAAGAUAAAUACUAAAUAUUUUUUUAAUAAAUAACGGAUUAGAUUUUGUAUUAAAUGCUAGUUAAUUAGUGAUAAUCACUUUGACCAUAUGAUAGGCCACUUGUCAUCGAUUCAUUCUAUAAAUGUAUUCAUUGUUGAAUCCGUUACCUUCAUAAUUAUGACUAGUAUCUGCAUAUAUAUAAUAUAUGGUAUUCAAAGUCAAGUGGCGUUAUAUAAUCUGAACGCUGAAAUAAAAGUUAUAGAAUCUGACUAAACGAUGAAGCUGGUGAUCCUAGUAUCGUUCUUGCUCCUUCUCCCAAUGUUUUCUUCAGGUACAAAUCAACUAUAGCAGUGUUCUAACUAAUGCAUUAUUUCACAUUUCAUGUAUAUCACUUAUCUAUUAAGGUUUUCCUUACAAAACUAUAUCUAUACGGUAGUUUUGUGUAAAUAAAUAUACAUGCAAUCUCAGAUACUUUUGAUGAUACACAUGCUAACAUGCUUUAUAAUUUGUUAGGGCUCGUUGAGACUUCACAUCUGGGUGACAGCCACUACGAGGUUUAUCAAAAACCACAAGACUAUAGGAUAUAUAUAUAUAUAUCAAUUACAAAUACAAAUCAAAGCCAAAACUAUAUAAUCUAUCAAUAAAGUUAAUUCUAAAAGGCAUUAGAAGGCUGUUUUUUUUAUAGUAGUGCCCCAUUUGUACCAUUUUUAAGUCGUUUCCUCUCUCUCUUUUUUUUGAAUUUUUUUUAUUACUUAUAGCUAUACCAGAUUGCCAAUAGAAGAUAUCAUUUAACAGUUUACCCAAAAGAUAUAUAAGAUAAUUUAGAUAAUAGAGUUUUUAUUAACACUAUUUGAACUAGAUAUAUGGUCGUUUUAAAUCAUUUUUAUUUAACAUUAAAUAUACAGUAUUUGGGGGAGGCUGGAGUUGAUUCUAGUAAUAGUAAAAACUAUAUAUGUUGAUUUGAUUAGGUUGUGACGAAUAAAGGAAGGGUCGAUCUUGAAAUGGACUAUGAGGACCCGCAUCCACGUCCUCCAAGAUCGUCCGACCCGCCACCUAAUCCUCAUAGCAACAAAAAAAACAGUACAUCUUAAGGAACAAAGUUAAAGAGUACAAGGAACGUCGUUAUAUAAGGUUAAAAUCAUGUUAUAGCUCAAACAAGUCGAAUAAUAUUUACUUCACAUAAUCACAUUUUAUUCAUAGGGAUCAAGUUCUCAAGGAACCUCGUUGUAUAAGAUUUACUAACAUUUGAUUAAAUGUAAAAAGGAAAAACCGUAACAAAACUAUUUUGCUUCGGUUUUAGUUUGGCUCUAUAAAA